GAUUCUCGAAUUCUGUGUCUCCAAGCCAGUAUAUUCUGUGGAGCAAUGGAAAUGCUAGUGGACCAUCUCUGGAAAACACCUCUGCAUGGGAAGCUCUGUUAAGUUUUUUCUUUCCAACAACAUGCAUUCCAAAGGAGAAUCAGGUGGUGAAGGCCUGCAAGGAUGACCUGCAAGAUCUUAACCAGAGUGCAUGUUUGGCACACAAAUGCUGUUAUUCUCUCGGGACCAGUAACUUCAGUUGUUUUGCCCCAUUGAAAGAUAAGCCAACACAGAUGUUGCGGAUGUUUGGGCUUGGUGUGAUCAGCAUGAUCAUCCUGGGAUGUCUGCCCAUUUAUUGCUGCUCUCUUUGCCGGAGGAGCAAAUGGACCAAUCAUUUACGAAGGAAAGUUAACAGAGUUUUAAAGGAUUGGAAGAAACAAAGAAACAGACUAAAGAAGGAUACUGAAGUAGUAGGGGCAGUAAUGGAAGAUGAGAAAGGACUAGAUGAUGGCAAGGAGCAGGAGUCUAAAGCAUUACUUUCCCAGUGAGAAGAACACAAACCAUUCAGAGCACAGGAGACUGUCCCAGUCGUCUAAACCUGAUGGAGCGUUU